UUCCAGGAUCAUUUUCAGAAGAAUUUUCUACUGGCUACCUCCUAGGAGAACUUCUACACAAAUAUGGUCUUCAGGAUGACUUUAAUCAAUUUUCACAGAGCAGGGUUGCAAAUGCAAAACUUAACAAUUUUUCUCGCCUGGAACCCACGCUUCACCUCCUUGGUGUACAGUUUAAUGAGAAUGUGGCCCAAGACAUCAUGACGGGACAGCAUGGGGCUGCAACAAAACUUUUAUAUGAAUUGUAUAUUGCUUUAGGAAAAAAGAGAAAGGCAAAGCUCACUGGAGUAGCCAUGGAAGCAAUGAGACCUGCAGCAACUGCAAAGCUUAAGUCUAUUGAAAGUGGGCAUCUAGAGCAUUGCAUAGGAAGAAGGAGACAAAAUGAAAUAAUGGCCAGGAUUCAAGCAGCCAUUAUACAAAUUCCAAAGGCACCACCAAGCCACGCCAUAAAAGCUAUUGAAGCCAAAAAAUUCUUAAAGAAGAAAAGAGAAGCAGAGGACACAUACAAGGAGAUUAAAAAGUUUGAGAAGUCUAUGGCAGGAAAUGCGUCUGCAGUGCACAGCCAAGACACUGGCAGUAGUAUACAGGAAUCAUUGAAAACACAGAAGUUGCAAGAAACUACAGCACACACAGCAACUGAGCUGUUAAAUAUUUAUUCAGAUGAUGAAUAUAUACGGAAAAUUCAAAAACGUUUAGAGGAAGAUACAUUUGCUAGAGAACAACGAGAAAAGAGACGACGAAAAAUGCUAAUGGAACAGUUAAUAGCACAUGAAGCUGAAGAGGAGGCUUACCGGGAGGAGCAACUUAUUUACAGACUAAUGAGACAAUCUCAGCAGGAGCGGAGGAUUGCUGUUCAACUCAUGCAUGUUCGACAUGAAAAAGAGGUGUUAAGGCAAAACAGACUUUUCAGGGAAAAACAAUAUGAAGAAAGACGCCUGAAAGAGUUCCAGGAAGCUCUUGAUAGAGAAGCGGCUCUUGCAAAACAAGAAAAAAUUGAUUAUGAAGAACAAAUUAUCAAAGAAAGGGAACGUCAUGAGAAAAUUGCUGUUGAAAGAGCUCAGGCACGUUAUAAAAAGCAUUAUUCUAUAUGUUGGGAAGUGAUUGACCAAAUCAUUGAUUUGUCAACAAAAGUAGGAGAGUAUCGUCUACUAACAAACAACAAAAUUCCAUUAAAACUGAUGGUUGCUUGGAAGGAAUUUUUUUUUAAUGCAAAACCAAUGUAUGAACAAGCCUCAAUUCAACCUUUGCCAAAUGAACCAAACCCAGAACAACUUGUAGAGUUGAAUAAAAUGAAUCUGUUAGAUGAAAAAGAUUAUGGUGAAUACAAGAGUAUGACAGGGGAAUGGUGCCCAACUGAAGACAACAGUGAAAACAAACCUCCUCUUAAUAAUAACAUAUUGGGUCAUGUGCUUCAUAGACUGAUGGAAAUUUUCUAUCCUCCAAAACCUAAAUCUUCACCACCUCUGUUUCCUCCAUUUCCUGUCAAGGGAUGUAUUUUGGGAAAACUUUUUAGUGGAAAAACUACCUGUGUAAAGUUUAUUGAAAAAGUUUGUAAUAUUCAGGUACUAUCUGUUGAUACUCUGGUUCAGGAGGCCAUCCGAGCUUUUCUUAAAAAUGAAAUGAAAAGUGAGCACAAUGUGAUUCCACAAGAAGCAGAGAGUUCUGGGGAACAAAAUGAGGUCCAGAAGAACUUAUCGAAAUCACCACUGGAAGUUCUAAAGAAACUCCAAACAGAAACACCUAUCAAACCUGUUUUAGGAAAUUGUCCUGUCAAAAAGGAUCCAUCUGGGCAAGAAUUUAAAUCAGAUAACAAUCAGGAUGGCCUAUCCAAGCUAUCUGCACGUGCCCAGCUUGGCGCCGCAUCACAGAAAUUGUUGAAGAAAGGAAAAAGUAUUCCCGAUGAAUUACUAAUCGACAUCCUAUUGGAAGCCAUUAGCCGAACACCACCAGAGAAGGGGUGGAUUGUGGAUGGGUUUCCAAUGACAAUUAAUCAGGCAAAGCUAUUCGAAAAAGCCUAUACAGGGAUUGAUCCAGAAGCAAAAGAUGCAAAUUCUGGAAAGCUCUCACUUGUUACAGAUCCCAGGGCCCCUAACGAGCCUCCUGUUACCUUGCCUGCAUUUGAUGUUUCUGUAUUAUUGGAUAUUUCAGACACUGUGGUACUGAAACGUGUGGCUAACAUGAAGUCGGAUAAAUCAAAGUUGUCUCAAACUGAACAGAACAAGAAUCAAAAUUCAGAUGCUGAAAUCCUAGAACAGAAGAUUGAGUUAGCCAGGGACCAGGUGCUAUCUAGAAUUUCAGGCUUUCUAGACACAUGGCCAAAAUUAGAGAAAUGGUUUUCAGUCCGUCAAAAUAUUCUAGUGAAAGUCAAUGCAGAGACAGAAGAAAGUCUCAUGUGUGAAGCAGUGAAGGAAAUUAUAAUGGAAGAAAUUGCCAAAAAACAGAAUAGAA